AUGUUUAUUUCAUCGUUACCAUCAACAUUUAUCCUUGCUAGCUGCUGUCUUGCCAUGAUAAUCUUCCUUAAAUCAUCGUGCGCGUAUGUUGUUGAUUCGAAUGAAAUAAGACAAUUGGAUUUCAAUUCACCUUCAUAUUUUGAUCGUUAUGUUCGUACGACCAAAUUUCCACGCAUUGGCCGUUCAAUCUAUGAUAACGAAGAUCUUUCGUCGUUGUUAGAUGUUAAUACUAAUAGCGAAGAGGCAACAGAUGAAAAUCUCGAGCAACGCAGUGUUCUUUUUCCACGAAUUGGUAAACGUGCAUUUCACAACUUACUUUGGGCCAACAGCCGAUCCAAUCCACAUCGAAUGUUAGAUUCUCAAGGUCGGUACUAUGUCAAUGGUUAUGAUUAUCAUAUUCAUCAAUCUCCAUUAAAUUCAGUGUCACGUUAUCGUGGCAAACGAAGUGUUUCAAUGUAA